CUAUCGACAUUCUUGCCAAUUCUCGAUGCGCUGGUGUCGGCACGCGGCUACGCUAUUGACAAGGAGGCGACGGCUGAGCAGAUUUCGCUGUGGCGGAACUUUUGGUUCCACAUGGUGAUCCGCGGCUAUGUCACCGAGCGGUCAUAUGUGAAGAGCUACGGCCGCAUCUUUGCCAGCCUGGCCAGCAAGUCGCCGAUUCUGGUGCACCCCUCGUCAAUCAACUAUCUGGAGACAGAGAUCGAGUACAACUCGAUUCUGCAGCGCGAGUUCUCCGACGCCCGCCUGACGCAGCUGCGGCAGGCGCUGACGCCCAUUGUGUCGCCGCAGAACAGCGCGCUACUGCGGAGCAUCGGCUUCCCGCAGGCUGUGUUUUUGCUGGCCGUGUAUCAUGUCGAGGUGGCCCGCGCCCGCGCCGGUAACUGCGCGACUGUGCUGCACUAUUUCAGCAAUUCGGCCGUCACCAGCUCCAAUCUGCUGCCGGAGGUCGAGAGCAUUGCUGAGCUGGUCAUUCUGGCGUAUGUGCGCGAGACGACGUCACGCAGAUGGUCCAGCGGGGCUACGUCAGUGGUCAAGGCACAGGUACGCGAGCUGAUGGUCGCCUCAUGCCACCACCUGGAGCAGGUCAGCAAGUGGGCGCAGCACUUUGCUGAAAAGAUCCUGCGCGCAUUCCCGCAGGCCCUGCUUGACAAGGCUGUGAUCUUUACUCUGCUGGAGCUGGUGCAGCUGGUGUGGAAGAGCUGCAAGGCCGAGCAGGACGACCAGUUUGUGCCUGUCUACUGGUUCACGUCCGAGACCCUUGGCAUCACACUGCAGCUGCCAGACUCGAUUACUUACCGCAAGACGCUGUUUGCCCGCAUGUCGGCCUGCGCCAAGCGCUGGCUCGAGAUGGUCGGACGCGCGGCGCCGCUGGAGUUGGAGACUCUUCUGCAAGUCUACUUGUCAACGCCCUGCGACGAUAACCUCGACUACGAACCUCACAUUGGCCACUCGCUGGCCAUUGAGGUCGGCAGCAACAUCCGCUUUGGCGUUGCUGUCUCGGUCAACGCGGGCGCCCUGGCCACCAACUCGUCGGCAUUCUCGUACCGCCUCGGCCUGCGCAACUACUUGCGUGGACACAUUGGCCACGGCCGCGACGUGCUGGCGCUGAAGAAGGCGCUGUCGGAAAUCUACGCUGCGGCCAAGGAGAACCCGGGCAUGCCAUUGCCCGAGGGCGGCCCGGGCUUGCGCGAGGUGAUUGAUCUCCUGCAGCACGCCACCCACCAGGUGGUUGCUGACGCCAAGGCCGACCGCGAGCUGGCGCGGCUGCUGGUGUGGGUGCCGCUGGUGCUGUUCGAGGAGAGCGUGAUGCGCGCGGCCACGCACAUGUGGACGACGCUGAUAGUCGAGCGCGCCGACGCCGAGGUCCUGAUUAUGGUCGAGCUGACCAUUGCGUGGACAUGGCUGAUCCAGCAGCACCUGGGCAUAUUCUCGCACCGCUUCGAGCCCAAGAACCCGUUCGCCGCCAAGAUGUCCUAUACGCCCUCGGACAAGUCGGCGCGGUCGCGCGGCUAUGCGGUCAUUUCGCGGUCGCUCAAUCCGCAGACGCUGCUGAUAGAGUUUCUGCUGCAGCGCUUCGACUCGGUCAAGCACCUGCCGUCGGUCAACUUCAAUGUGGUCAAUGCCAUCCUGCGCAUCCUGCAGGCGUCGUUUGCAAACUGCGAGCGCAUCACGACCAACGCGUUGGCGCGCGGCCCGCUGUUUAUGCUUGUGCAUUUGGGCUUCAAGAUGCUCAAGCUUGGCUUCGAGAGCAGCGCCAUCUUGGAGUCCAAGCUGCGCGAUGGGCUGUACCGCAUGGCCUUCAGGUGGUUUGCGUUGCCGCCAAGGUGGAGCUUCAGCGGCAGCAAGGCGACGCUGGCUCGCGAGAUCCAGAUCCUGAUCGACACCCGCCAUACGAUCAAGGGCGACACGCCGGUCCUGCGCUCGCUGCCAUCGCAGAUGCCUGCGGGCGCGACCUGGAACGCUAAUGGCAGCGGCCCGAGCACUGGGCUGACCACGCGCGGCUCCAGCAGUAGCCUGCAGCGGGCGCAGCGCAACCAGACGCUGCUGCUGAUGCUGAUUGAGAACGAGAUUUGCCGCAUGGCGACUUGGGCCAAUCCGACUGACCAGAGGAUCGGCUACCUACCGGACGUCACCCGGUUUGCACGCGACAAGGUUCUCACUGAUGUUGGCUGGCAGAACCUCGUCGUCGACGCCUGGGUUGCCGAUCCGCGCCUGGCCGUGCAGCUCACCCAGCGGUUCUCCAACCCGGCCGUGCGUCGCGAGCUCAAGAGCCUGAUCUGCAAGUUCCCUGGCGAGCUGGUCCACGAGCCCGAUGCGCUACCAUUGCUGAUUGAGCAGCUGCGCGGUGCGGACACCCUUGCUGCGAAUGGCAGUGCGGGCGGGCCAUUUGCUGCCGGGAUUUUCAACAAUCUCGGCCGGUUGCUGACGUUCCGUGAGCAGAAGUUUUUGCUGUACUGGAGCCCGGUGCCGCCCAUCACGUCGACCUCGUAUCUUGCGUCAUCGUAUUCGCGCAACCCAUUGGCGCUGCAGUACUCUAUGCGCGCGCUCGAGUGCUUCCCUGUCGACAUCACCUUCUUCUAUAUCCCCCAGCUGGUGCAGGCCCUUCGCCACGACAAGUCCGGGUACGUUGAGCGCGCGAUCGUGUCGUCUGCGCAGAUCUCGCAGCUCUUCGCCCACCAGAUCAUCUGGAACAUGAACGCAAACAUGUACAAGGAUGAAGAGUCGCAGGUGCCAGAUGCGCUGAAGCCCACGCUGGACCGCAUUGUCGAGACUAUCGUCGGAGGGCUGAGCGGCGAGGACCGCAGGUACUAUGAGAAGGAGUUUGACUUCUUUGGCAAGGUCACAGGCAUCUCUGGCAAGCUCAAGCCGUUCAUCAAGAAGAGCAAGCCCGAGAAGAAGCGCAAGAUCGACGAGGAAAUGCGUAAAAUCAAGGUCGAGCCCGGCGUCUACCUGCCCAGCAAUCCGGACGGCACUGUGGUUGACAUUGACUACAAUAGCGGCCGUCCGCUGCAGAGCCACGCCAAGGCGCCAUUCAUGGCCACCUUCAUUAUCAGCAAGCCUCAGGACGCCGGUGAUGAAGUGCAGGAGCUGCUUAAGGAGUCCGAUGCUACGAAGGGCGGGAAGCGCAUCAGCAGCGAAGUCAUCACUCGGCUGUCAGCCAUCUUCAAGGUCGGCGACGACUGCCGGCAGGAUGUGCUUGCGUUGCAGCUAAUCGCGGUGUUCAAGAAUAUCUUCACCUCGUGCGGGCUCGACCUGUAUCUGUAUCCGUACCGUGUCGUGGCGACCGCGCCUGGAUGCGGUGUGAUCGAUGUGAUCCCGAACUCGAUCUCGCGCGACCAGAUGGGCCGCGAAAAGGUCAAUUCGCUGAGCGACUACUUUGCCAUCAAGUACCAUGGCGUCGACUCGAUCCAGUACCAGCAGGCGCGCAGCAACUUUGUGCAGUCGCUGGCGGCUUACUCGGUGCUGUCGUACCUGCUACAGUUCAAGGACCGGCACAACGGCAAUAUCAUGAUUGACGACCAGGGCCAUAUCGUGCAUAUUGACUUUGGCUUUAUCCUUGAUAUUGCCCCAGGCGGCAUCACGUUCGAGUCUGCGCCGUUCAAGCUCACCACGGAGUACAUCCAGGUCAUGGGCGGGUCUGCCGAGGCGCAGCCGUAUCGGCUGUUCUGCGAGCUGUGCAUUAAGGCGUAUUUGGCGUGCAGGCCGUAUGCCGAGACCAUUAUUCAGAUCGUCGCGCUGAUGAUUGAUUCAGGGCUGCCGUGCUUCAAGGGCGAGAGCACAUUGACUAAAUUGCGCGGCCGGUUCCAGCUCGACAAAACGGAGCGCGAAGCUGCGCAGUUCAUGGCUGACCGCAUCGCCGACUCGUAUGAGAACAAGCGCACAGUCAUGUAUGAUUCGUUCCAAAAGGCAACUAACGGAAUCCCUUAUUAG